UGAUCGUCAACACGAUUGCAAACUCCUGCCUCCAAAUUCCAAUUCUUAUUCCCCAAUACGAAAGCAACGUUUUUGUAUGUAAAACCCCAAUUCCAUUCAUAAUUCUCGCGAAUUCGUUUGUGGAGAGAAAUGAGCUCGGAGGCGUUGCUCAAUUACGAGCCUCCGGAGCUCAAUUUCCAAUUUGAUCAGAACAAACAGCUCUCAUCUUCGGUCCGAUUGUUAAAUAAAACCGACGCUUGUGUUGCUUUUAAGCUCAAGUCCACUAAUCCAAGAAAUUAUGUGGUUCGACCAAGAAUUGGAAUUCUGUUGCCUCGAUCAUCUUGUGAAAUCAAAGUGACAAUGCGAGCGCUGAGGGAAUCUCACCACAAUAUAAGGUGCAAGGACAAGUUCAUGAUUGAAAGUGUAGCUGCAUCUCCUGAUACAUCUCUGGAAGAUGCUCGAAAACUGUUUGAUAAGGAGUCUGGACAUCCCCUUCAAGAGUUCAUAUUACGAGCCAAUUACAGUAGGCCGGCAGAAUCUUCACCUGGAACAUCUGUCAUUGAAAAUAGAGAUGUACCUUCUCCUGAGGUCAAUGAUACUUUUGCGGAACCUCAUGAGAAUAGUUUACAGGUUGCUAGCUCUGUCGCUAAUUCUGACAACGAUAUACAGGUUACCAACAGUGUUAACGAACCUCGUGGCAACGACUCGCAGGAAAAGGAUAUCACUCGUAGUGGUGAAUCAAUUCUGAGGAGCUUUAUCAGCAAUUGUACUGGUGAAUCAAUUCUAAGGGACGUUAUCAGUAGCUUGCUGAUUGUAGCCUCCUUAUAUCUCAUGAAACAAACAAUAUCAUGGAUCUGGAGUUUGGUUAUGUUUGUGGUGAUGCUGAUUAUAAAGAUGAUAAAGAAAUUGGUGUCAGAUUCUGUUGAGGACUGGAUUGUGAAAACUCUGGUGCAUAUCGUCAUGUAUUUUAUAUUUGGGCGCAAGGAGAACACAGGACUGACGUAGGACGUCGCCCUUUUGUGUUAAGUAUAGUGAUAAACAAGGAAAUCAAAUGUAGUAUUUAUUGGCUCAGUCAAGCUAUGCUUGCAUGUAAAUAAGUUUUGUACAUGUUUUCUUUUAGACAGCGUAAAUCAUUACUAUGGACUACA